UCCAAGAUGAUUAGAAACCACAAACAUUUUCGCCUUAUAACGGAACAGAUCCCACGGUGAAAAGAUCACCAGUUACAUUGUGAUAGUCAUCCGAGUAACAUGUUUAUUUCAAUAAACUGAAUAUCUAGAUAAAAAGCUUAAACAUAUUUGCUGAUUAAGAUGUUGUGACUCUAUUAGUGCAAAAUGAUUACAAAUUACUUGUUAUUUUUUUUAAUUUCCCGCGCUGGGAUAUUCACAAUUAAUUCGGGAAGGGCUAUGGCCGAUAAUUUGGACUCUGAUGAGAGAGAGGAAGUGAGAAAUGCACCUAUGGACCACGAAAUUCCCUAUUCCGAACAUGAAGAUCCCCCGGAACCUGCGACUAGACCAAAAUACGAAGCACCUGGUCAAUGGGCUAGACCAACAGCAGACAAGAAUAUUACUCUUGACUUUAUACCCAGUACUGUGUAUGCGCAGAUCCGCGCAACUCAUACUGUCAAACGUGUUCCGAGGCAUCAUGCCUUGCUGGAUGCUUCCACUGAUGAAGAAAGAGAGAAUGCCGGGAGACUGAAAGAAGUUGUUACUAAUAAAAAGGUAAAUACUAUUUAUACUGAAGAGGGAUAUGAAGAUGCUGCUUAUGAUCAUGGUGGACAUCAGAGAAAUGCUGAUUUCCAAGAGGGCUACGAUAAGAACCUUGAGAAAGAGGGAAAAUCUCGUGCUACAGCAGCAUUCCGUUCUUCCUCAGAAGUUAACGAAAGUGCAGAGGAAGAUGAAAGUUACCCUGAAGUGGCUUCCGGUCGAACGGAAAAAAUAUUGAAAUCGCAAAAGCGAAAAACCAAGAAAUAUGAUCCCAAAGAUAUUUUGAAUACAGUAUGGGCUGAAGCUGUGGUGACUCCUGUACUUCUUAUCAAUAAAGAAGGAGCAAAGCUGGAAAAAGACGUGGAACAGGAGCUAGAAAUAAUAGCCCUUGCAGCAAAGACAGAAAGGCCAGAGAAUUUUAAAGACGUGGCACGCCAUUCGAGAAAUUCGGAGAAUGGCCUUGAAGCUUCUACAUCACAAUUACGAAGAACAUUCAUCAGUAAUUCCCAAGAAGUCUCGGGAAAAGGUGAGAACAUUUCUAAAAUCUCGGUGAAUCCAUCUAGCGCUCAGCCAGUCGCCCAAGCACUCAGAAGGUACGAACAUUCUCUGGAAAAUUAUCCGACUUAUCAAGACACUACUCCCAAAAUAUAUCCAACAUAUCAAGAGAUAAUGGCAACCACAAUGAUUCAUCCCACAACGAUCAAUCAUGGAAAAGUAUUCUGGGAUUAUUACAAGACGCAAAAUCCGAUAACUCGCCCCUCAAAAUCAACGAGUAUUGAAUAUUUUGGUGAGUCAGAGUCAUCCCUAGAAAAUCCAACAACCGAGUAUCCAUCAUCCGAAUCUGAAGAGAGAAUAUACAGAAGGAAAAGCGGAGGGUCAACAGAAUACUCCGUGGAGACUGUCGAGAGUAGUGAAAGUAGAUCAACCAAUACAACUAAAUUAUCACCCACAGAGACUCGAUACUCCACAGUUACAGCCCCAGGAGUCAUCCAAGCGAUAUUAAAAUCUCCGCAGGUAAUGAGAGCAGUGAGACCCCCGAGAUUAAACUCUGGUGAGGCAGUCAAAACAACCACAAGGGGAACUCGAGCUGAUCCGACAACCAAGAGGCCUACUUACACCGUUAUAAUCAGAGCUCCAGCAAAGCAAUGCGAUGAAAACUCUGACGAAUCCAAAGUACAGGAGUCAGUAUCGAAGUAUGAGUUAUUAAGGCAUUUGACUAAUAGUGUAAAUCCAAGAUCCUUGAAUGAUGAAGUUAUGAAUAAUGUGAGUGUUAUAAAGCCACCAGUUAUUCCACCAUUUGGCCAAGUCACAUACACCGAUUAUCUUCGCAAUGUGUAUGGACGACCAAGCCAAGUUCAAGAAAGUAGUUCUGCUGAAGAGAGCUAUCAAGUUUCUGCAGAAAAUCAUGGUUAUCAUCCUUAUCGCUAUAAAUCUCAACAGAAUUAUCAAAAUUCUCCUCAGCCAAAUCGUAUUCUACCUUUUUUUUCCUGGUUAUCGCAACUGAAUCCAGUUGCUAAAUUAAUACCACCUAAUAGAAUGCUACCACCGUCACCGAUGAGUCGCAGUCAAUAUGCGGAGUACACGGAGAGGAGAAUUGGCGUGCAAUUACCGCAAAAAGAAUUACGGUUUCAUAUCUCACCGUAUCAUAGCCCAACGUUCCAGGUUAAUAAAGGUAUAACAAGAAAAUUCAGGCGGCAAUCGAUUAGAGAUGAUGAAAAAUUUUUGACAAAUCGGAAAAAUGAUUCAAUGGAGUUAAUGGGCGAGGGUGUAACUGCGAAAUAUCAUGGUUUACGGAAAAAAAGAAGCGAUAAUGAUCUGUUGAAUGAUGCACCGAUUGUGGUGGAGACUAUUGUUGACAAAGAAAUUAAAGCGCGAUUUUCUGACGAAAGUGACGGCCAAGCUAAUUCUGAGUAUUUAGAAAAUAAUGAAGAGGGGAAAGUAGAAAUUGACGUUCCAGAGUAUAAUUUUUCAACAAAUCACAAGGAUAUUGAAAAUCCUAACGAGAUUGACGAGUCAAUUGACACAGAAAAUAACACAAAAAACAAUGAAAAAUAUCCUUUUUACAAAGACAAGCAAAUCUCAAGUAACUCAGCAUUGAAGUAUGUGAUAAAUCCUCAACAAAUCCCGAAGAAAACUCUGGGUGGAACGGAAUUUUACGACUCUCGCGAUCACUAUUUGAAGUGUGACGACAUCAACGCUAAUCUAUCGGAGUUGCUGUCUAUGAAUGAGGAGCCCACAUCUGAUGGACAGCCAAAAGAAAAUCUUCCACGGCUCCAAAGUUUAAAUGAUAAAUUGUCCUGCUUGAAGGCUAAAUACUUUGAUAAAAACCCUCUGGAUAAUCCUCUAUUCAUGGAAAAAAGAAUUGACAUGCCAGUAGUGCCAAUCGAAUUCAACGUGCAACAGUUUAAAAAUCGAUUGUCUGAUUUGUCCAGUGAACCAGCAGCAGUGAUAUACAGUAGGGCUUCGAGGAAGCCUGAGAGGAUGGAUCAAUACUCUAGAAAAAAACAAAUUGUCAAUCAAUCAAAGCCUAAAUCUAAUAAUAAACCUAUUUCGAAUCAUAGACGGACAAAAAAACGUAAUCGAGCACGAGAUCCAAUUAGGAUGAUCGAUCCUAUAAAUUCUCCCUAUGAGAAAGAAAUUUAUGAAGCAGUAAUGGGUACAAUAAAAAAUCAGGCUUUUCAGAAAUUAAAAAAAUCACAGCACAAAUCGGUGGGUCGUUCUCGUCGUCGUGGAAAGAAAAGUAAAGUUCUGGCGAAGCCUAAAGGACAGAAUUUACAUGUCGAACCUCACAGGCCUGUCCGUCCACCCAAUUACAAACACCAUGCACAUAGAAUUGACAAAGGGACUUAUCGAAGACGACCCAGAGUGCAAUCCUAUUCCGGACCGAAACGGAUUGAAUAUUACAAAACUAUCAGACUACAUAAGCGCAGUAUUGAUCCAGAUCAAGACUCCCAAGCAUCAGAAUCCGAGAAUGCACUGCAAAAUUUCUCAUCGAGUAGAAGAAACGGUGCAUGGGCAGCCCCUUCAUCCGUUAUUACGGCGAGGCCAUUUGAUACAACUACUCAGUCUACUCCGAAAACUGUCUGGACGAUCAGAGACUUUGUACGAUUUUCCAAGCCCCGCCAGAUUGACAGAUAUGGCAAUUUUAGAAGCAAUACAGCAACGGUGGAUCCUAGAAGGAAAGAACCACGAUAUAGUAAUCCUACUGAAGCACCUGAUGAAUUGCUCCGUCUAACGACUAAUCCUGUAAGAAUUGAUUUCCCUAAUCCUGAUGAUGUGAAAGAAGAAAACGGUGACUUGACAACCGCUAAUUAUCAAGUGCGUGAAGAAGUUGAAGAAGAGUUAACAGAAGCCCCGGCGUUUCACAAAUUAAAAGAAUAUUUAAAUUCUGAUCUUACGCGGUAUACCAAGGAAUCAGAAGAAACUCCAACAACUCAAUAUGCAAUUGAAACAUCUGAAGAGGAGGAAUCUAUAGAAAAUACGAAGGAAGAAGGAAAUGGAGGGGAACAAGUAGAGAAGCCAUCGGAAUUGUCUAGUGAAAGUUCUUCCGAACGACUUGAAGAAAAAGAAGAAACUUCUCAGGAAUCUUAUUCAGAUGAAGAGAAAAAUGCAGCUAGAAUGUCCGACGAUGAAGAGGAAUUUGAAAGAUUCAAUGAGCGUCCCGUUUCACCAGCGGAAAAUCAUUAUGAUCCCAAAUACGCUGAUUUGGGACCGAGGAUAAACAAACCAGCGUUUUAUCAUCCUCCCUUCACUCCACCGAAGUAUGAAAGGCACAGAGGAAAGGAUUACGAGUCACUUGAGGAGAAAAAGGACAAGGGUGAAUCAUCAAAAUCAUCAAGAUACCUUUUUCCCUGGGAUGAAAAUCAAAGAGAAGUCUCCGAAGAAUCAAAAGAAAAGGCCUAUCAGUUUGGACACUAUGAAUUCCCUUGGGAUAGGAGGGAAAGAUUAGCCCGGGAGCGAGAAAAAAGUAAGAUCAAGAAAAAUGACUAUUAUCAUCGGUAUUGGAGCGAUGAUGAUGACCAAAGUUCUUCCGAAACUGGAUUCAAUUUCAAAGUGACUCAUCCUUGGAAUAAGUGGACCAAUCCCCAUAGAAAUGAUUUGUCAAGGCGUUUCUGGUCAUCUGAGAUUUUCAAUGCUAACGAUGCAAAACCUGUGAAAUUUAGCAGCAAAUACAACAAGAGCUCCAAAACUCUUGAGACACACAAAGACAUUCCAAAAAGAAUAACGAAUUUGAUGAAACACCACGGCGUUGGUUCUUCAAUAUCCAAGUAUGUUCCAACAACCACAGUCACCCCUCAAAUUCCGCCGACAUCAGUCACUACUGUCCCCAGAAGACAACCAACUACUCCCGUAAUCGGAACUACCACUGCAGCAAAAGUGCCACGAUACACUAUCAGGCCAAGGCCAUUCAGUUUGACUCAAAGGAGAAUAACACGAAACCAUGAGAACCAAAAAGAGAUAACAUCUCAGUCAAAUAGUUCCAAAAAGAAAAUUCUAUCAACUACCCCAAGAUUGUCAGCCCCACAGAACCAGCGACGAUCUCGUACAAGAAUGACAACAACUAGAUCAUCCACAUCAACAACUGGAGGUCCUUAUCAGCACUUUAAACAUCCCAAUUAUGAACGUCCAGACUUCAAAUCUACAGAGAGCUUAACUGGACCUGCGAAGCGCACCGUCGAACACCACUCCAGAGUCUCGACAGAGAAAAUAAUCACAAAAACAUCAUUCCCCAAAUCAAGCCCCAAUGAGCACAAGCAUUUCUUAUCGAAUGGAGUUGAUGGACUUCAGAAGAGUUCGAGAAUCCAGAAAGUUUCAAUCGUAACGAAAAAAACACCGGAGCAUAUUUAUAGAACCGAGAAAAUUGACAAGAAUGGAGUAAAAGGAACGUUCAUUAGUAUCAUACCAAACAACAUGACUGAUGAAUUAUCGAAUAUGAAUGAAGACAGUUCAAUGAGCAGCACAAGCAUGGAAGACCCAGGAUAUGACCUAAACUCUAACAUAGAGCGAAUGGAUUCACGAGUCCUCAAAGACGAAAAUAUACCAGAACACUUUCUAGCCAGCCUGCUGUUGCGUGCACCGCCCCCUGAUUUGAAGUGGCUUGAGCCAAGUGAAGAAGCCGAGAAUAAUUCAGACAUUAAGAAGUCUGAAGUUAUAUAUAUUAAGGAGCCGGAUCAACGGCUGUACUCUUACGUGGAAGACAUCAAGUAGAAAGUUUCUUAAAAGUUUUAAUCAUUGUCAUCACAUGGCAAUUCCUUUUAUAUAUUACAAUUAACAUUCAUGAGAUCAUAAAUUAAUAAACAAUUUGAUGAAUUACCAUUCAUUUUUUAAAUUUUCUUUGGCAAAGCAUUAAGUUUUUUUCCUCCACUAUUUGAACACUAUUUCGCCUCCGCUGAUUUUAAUCUAUUUGUCUGUGUAUGAUUUGCCCCAUAUUUAUUCAAUUCCGAUAUUGUUUAUGAAUAUAUAAACUUACUAAUAUAAUGUAAUGGGAUAGCCUAAUCAUACAACAAAAUGUAGACAAACAAUAUAUUAUUUACCAGUUAGAGUCAAACAAAAAUUUGACUCUGACUGGUAAAUAAUAUUGUUGGAAUAAUCAAUGAAUAUCUCCUCUACAAAGGGCCCGCCAAGAAGGUUUGUCUA